AUGCACAUUGAUGGAGCACCAGCCACAGCCCCUGACCCCGAGCUGCCAGAUGUUAGCCACCGGCGACAAGGGGAUAAGGACCGCAAGCCGAUCGAACCAGUUCCACUCACUUUUGAUGAAGAACUUGAGAAAGCAGCCGAAGCCGAGUUUGACAAGCUGUUCCCGAAUGCUGACACUGACAUGGAUGUACAUGCAGCGCAGCUAAAGGCUCAGCAAGCUCGCAAGAUCAGUGAUGCUGAGAAACUGAUCGUCAGGGCAGCUGCUGACAAGAAGGUCCAGAAAGUGAUUGGAAAGACCAAGCCUGGUCGUGGUCGUGGUCGGGGCAAGGGCCGGGGUAAGGGCAAACAAAAUAGCUCCCCCCAAGCCAAUCAAGAGGAUGAGUUGGGUGAUGAACCAACACCUGAAGCAACUGUUGAAGUCGAAGAACAAGAACCAGCUGAUGGCAAGGGCGAAAGUGAUCAUGAUGGUCCAAAGGUAGAUGCUGUCAUGAAGCAACAGUGGGAUGCCGUGGAACCAGAGCUCAGAGCUGCCGGAAUUCCAAUCCCAGAGGGUGCGUACUUGAAGAAGAGCUACACCACCAAGGGACCCAGUCAGGAAUCUUCUUCGCUGGGAGUGCUGUGGUUCGUGAAGCAGAUCUAUGUCUCGACUGCUGAUCCCAAGGUGGCACUUGUUACCAAAACGAAAGUGAAUAAGAAGGGAGGGACCACAGUGUCCACGGGUAAGGUGGGAGGCUGGGGUGCAGCUUUUUCCCUGGCCCAAGAUAUUGGAUCUUGGCCCAAAAAGAACAAGCAGACCCAAAAAUCUGCAGCGUAG